AUGGCGGACAUCAAACCCCCCUUCACAGAGCAGACCGCACGCAAGAAAGUCAAGGCAGCCCAGAAUAUGUGGAACACCCAGGACCCCGCGCGCGUUGCCCAGGCCUACACCUCGGAUUGUAUCUGGCGGAACCGAACAUCCUUUUUCUCGGGCACCGAAAAGAUUGUUGAAUUCUUGACUGCAAAAUGGAAACGGGAGAGCAGUUAUCGGCUGCGUAAAGAGCUCUUCUCUUUUAGUGAGGAUCGGAUCGCUGUCCAGUUUUGGUAUGAAUAUCAGGACAUGAGUGAUGGCAUGCGCUGGAAGAGGUGUUAUGGGUUGGAGGAUUGGACUUUUGAUUGGGAGACUGGCAAGAUGCGUAAGCGCAUGAUGAGUGGGAACGACCUGGUUCUUGGCCCGGAUGGUAAUGGCGAAGGACGGUGGUUUGUGGAGGGGGUUGAUGUGGACCAAGUUGCGAUUAGCGAACAGCAUUGGUAA